AUGUCGCGGGCGCCCGGCAGCUCAAGCGGUGCUGCGAAGGAGAACACCCCCUCGUCCAACCUCACAAAGUCACUCAUGCGACUCAAGGGAAUUAGGGACGCUCUCGGUGAAAAUACUACAGCUCGCCAACAGCUAUUCCCUAGUGAUGUUUUGAAAAGUCGACUCAACAAAGUUCGACAAGCAUCCGGACAAUCUAUGGAUUUCCUUCCUCAUCAGCGAGCACCUUCGAAAACAACUGAUACUCAGCAUCAGCAAACAAGCCUGGAGUUAGUUUAUGUACCUCAGAAACAAGGGCCUGUCGAGACGGCGCCUCCUCAUCACUCGCAAGCACCUUCUCAACGCCCAUCUGUAAGAGUGGGCUCUCAAGAGGAAGACGAUUUUGAAAAGAGCUCUAGAGGCACUUGGAACUCUCCAAAGUCAAUGGCGCCUUCAAGUGUGUCAACUGAUGUGCAGGGUGCACCUUUGCCAGCACCACUUCAUGUCAUCGAAGCUCUUGGAUCUACGUCAGUAGUGAUUCGACGACCCUCCUUCAGCAAUGUCUCUCUGGCCCUAAGUCAUUGCCCUGUAUCGCUUGAUGAUAAGGAGAAUCAGCCAAUCACUGCCGAAGAGGCAUGGGGCCUAGGCAGGACAACCCAGGAUCAUGUUGACGAAGUCGGUCCUAACGCUCGAAUCUUCUCAGCAACAGCCAUUGAUAAUUGGAAUUGUGGUCAGGAGGAUUACCCUAUCAUCCCUUUGACUGAGAACCGAGACUCUCGCAUCGACGAUUGCGAUAUUGACCCUGCGACUGGCGAGCUUAUUGAUCCAGUUCGAUACAUCAAAUUGCAAAAGGAUAGCCAGGCGAAUCUUGACUGGCGCCGAAUGCAACUCAGUUCGGAGGAGCGCAUUGCGAGAGAGAUUGUUCGCCGAGAGCAGGUGAAGAAAGAGGUUGUACAGAGAGAACAAGAAGAAAAGUAUGCGAAUAUGACUUUUGAAGAGGACAAGGUCCCUGAUGCUGCCUGCACCCUCCGACCGGCAGAGGCUCAAGACUUCCAGGCCAUUGCAGACAUCAUAAACUUGGAACGCGAGCAGGGACAGAACUCCCAAGUGUAUCUUCCCAAGAUUGACCGCAAUCUGAUUCGAACUCUUCACACCGCAUGCCUUCAAAAGCAUCGGCCAUUCAUUGUUGCCAUCCCUGCACCAGCGAAGAUCCCCGACCGUAGCAACUGGUCCAAGGCCGAAGAAGAAGAAUAUCAGGAAUUCCUCAAGUUCAAGCAGUCCCGCGGAACAUCAAAGCCAACCGUUCUCGGGUUUGCUGUCAUCAACGAUGUCCAUCAGGGUUUUCUGGACAGCACUUUUCGCGGUUCCCGCUUCUCGGGCAACAUUACCGUGGUUGUCCAUCCGCAACACUGCAAGAAACUUGUUGGCACGGCCCUCCUCGACAAGAUCUUGUCAUGCGUGCACAUCUAUCACCGCAGCGAAGUUGACUAUACAUGGAAUUGCGCGGAAUCUCGGCAGAUUUACGAGUAUGUAUCUGCACACAACCUCCGAAAGUACAACAAAGUCUAUGUCGAGUUUUUUUCUGUUGGAAAGCAUGAUCCCGAGGUUGAGAAAAUUCAGCGUCUUUUGAACAAGUUUGAUUUCGAGCUCGUGGCCAAAUUCACAGACGCUGUCAAACAUGGAAAUGAACCAGGUGUCUGGAAGAAUCUGAAUGUGUGGGAGCUGGAAGUCCGCACAACAAUCGAGAUUGACGAACUUCCGGAUGAUAUGUGA